UUAAAUUUCAACAAACCAAAGCAGAAUUUGUAGCCUUCUCUUUUAGUGUGAGAUAUAUCAUAUAGCCACUAUGGUUGAGCUUUUGGCAGUCAUAUGUACUCUCUUCUCAGCCCUUGCCUUUGUUUAUCUUCUCAAAUAUCGUAACAAAAACAAACAAGAUUCCCCACACAAAUUGCCACCUGGAAGCAUGGGGUGGCCCUUUUCUGGGGAAACUCUUGGCUUCCUCAAGCCUCAUAGAUCAAACUCCUUGGGAAGCUUCUUACAAGAACGCUGUUCUAGGUAUGGCAAAGUUUUCAAGUCGCAUUUGUUUGGUUCUCCCACCAUAGUUUCAUGUGACUUUGAGUUCAACAUGUAUAUUCUUCAGAAUGAAGGGACAUUAUUCCCUGUUGAUUACCCCAAGGUUAUGCAUAACAUACUGGGGAAGUUUUCUCUUCUUCUUGUCAAAGGAGACCUUCACAGAAAGCUAAGAAGCACCAUUAUUAGUUUUGUCAGUGCAACAAAGCACGAAUCCAAUUUCCUUCACUGUGUGGAAAUGCUUGCACUCUCAAGGAUUAACUCAUGGAUUCCAAUCUCUAAACAAGUUGCUUUCUACGAAGAAGCUAAAAGGUUUACGAUUAAUGUUAUGAUGAAGCACCUAUUGAACAUUAAUCCAGAUGAUCCACUAGCCUUCAAGAUUUUAGGGAACUUUGAGAACUACAUCAAAGGCUUUAUUUCAUUGCCAAUACGUAUACCCGGGACGGCAUAUUUCAAAGCUUUGCAGGCUAGAAUAAGACUCUCAGCCAUUAUCAAAGAUAUCAUAAUAGAGAGGCGUAAAUGUAAUAAUGUGAGGCCUAUGCAAGGAGGGGACCUCUUGAAUGUGAUUUUGUCAAAGAAAAACCUAAGUGAUGAAGAGAUGGUGAGCAUUGUGUUGGACCUAUUGUUUGGAGGUUAUGAGACAACUGCAAAACUUCUGUCUUUGAUUGUCUAUUUCCUUGGUGGAGCCUCUAAUGCUUUAGAAAGUUUAAAGGAAGAACACCAAGAGAUAAGAAAAAGAAAAAAGGAGGGAGAACUACUUAACUGGGAAGAUUAUAAGCAAAUGAACUUCACUCAAAAUGUGAUAUACGAAGCUAUGAGAUGUGGCAAUGUAGUCAAAUUUUUGCACAGGAAAGCUAUUCAAGAUGUCAAAUUCAAAGAUUAUGUGAUACCCGCAGGAUGGAAGGUUCUUCCUGUCUUGUCUUCUGGACAUUUGGAUCCCACCCUUUUUGAAAAUCCUUUGGAGUUCAACCCCUUUCGGUGGAAUGACAAUUCGACAAGCAAGAAAGUGGCACCAUUUGGUGGGGGUCCACGAUUCUGUCCAGGGGCUGAUCUAGCAAAAGUUGAGACAGCAUUCUUCCUUCAUCAUCUUGUCCUUAAUUAUAGGUGGAAAAUUAGGACAGAUGAUCCCCCACUUGCUUUUCCGUAUGUGGAAUUCACUAGAGGGCUGCUAUUGAAUCUUGAACCCACUGCCUAGCCUCUACUUUUGGGGAACACUUUUGAUUACAGUUUGGGUUUUAUGUGCUGAAAAUUGAUAACAAUAUGUAACAGAGAAAAAAAAUUGUUAUUUAUAAUUAAAUAUGGAAAAACUUUUUAAUUUGGAAAUUUAUUUAAACAUAUUUAUAUAUUAUCAUUUCAAUUUGGUCUCUAGACAGAGAAUUCUACAUUAUGAUCUUAACUUGAAAUUCUCAUAUU